AUGUUGGAAGCCAAAGAGAACGAACGAUACUUUGACGUGGCGAAGGCUGCCCUCCUCCCAAUUCAUCAUAACAUCCCCCGCCGGUUUAAUGAUAUUCAUCACGGAACAGCGUACCAGGGCAUUGAGUCCAGCAAUUUAGGGGAGAUUCCAGAAACUCCUUCGGAUGAAGCUAUCUCGACUUCAAACAGACCUGAGGCCAUCUUCUCUGCCUUACCUGAUGAUAUCUCUUCAUUGACAUAA